GAGCUCGCAGUGCCUCCAUUUGUGGAGUGAGUUAGAGCGAAAGAGAGCUUGCAGGGAGCUGAAUCCAGUAGAGUUUUAGCUAUUGCAGUGUGGAUUGGCAUUGGCAUUGGCAUUGGCUCAAUGCGGGAUUUGGUGGUGGUUUUUGUGGUAUUGCGUGGUUCUUUGUUGCUGAGGCGCGGGCUUUCGCUCUUGUAGAAUGAGGAGGAAGAGGAGGAGCUUGACUUGAUGCUGCUAUACCCUCUCUAGCCACCACACAUUCUCGAUUCUCUGUUAUCUUGUUCCGAAUCUAGUUUGGGUUUUGGAGCGUUUGUAAUUUUUAGGCUUGCGUUGAGCUGCAGAGGCGGAUUUAGUUAGUCAUGGCUGUGGUACAUGCUUUACUGUCUCUGCCGCAUCCUGCUGCUGGAAAUCCUUUGCAGCUAUCUGUACAGAGUAAUUCAAGGAAUACGUCGGCGUCAGCUGGACGCCUGUCGUCUUUAUCCAGUAGGCCUUGCUUAGGAGGCUUGGUAUCUAGGUCUUCAAAAACUAAAUGGAUUUCGACUAGAGGCGGUUGCAGAAGGGCUUGUGUAGUAAAUAUGCGAUUAUCGAAGUCGCAGUGUAAAGAGCAAGGACAAACCGAGUGUAGUAAUGGGGAAAUUGCGUCUACUUCAGCUAUCGUGGCAAGAGAAGCUAGUAGCGUUCAAUCCCCGCGGUGGAGACUUCAAAUUCUUCCUAGAAACGUUGCGCAGGGAUUUGCAUUGCAAGCUGCGGCAGCUGUUGCAACGGGGUUUUUGCUAUGGGGUGGAUCAAGCGCGUUGGCUGCUGACCCUCUAAAAACAUGCUCAUGUCUUCUUAAGGAAUGCCGGGUGGAAUUAGCGAAAUGCAUUGCAGACCCGAAGUGUGCAGCUAAUGUAGCAUGUUUACAAACCUGUAAUGGACGACCUGACGAGACCGAGUGUCAGAUUGGUUGUGGUGAUUUAUUCGAGAACAAAGUUGUCGAUGAAUUCAACGAAUGUGCUGUAACAAGAAAAGGCUGCGUCCCUCAGAAGGCUGAUGAAGGUCGCUUCCCGGUGCCCGCUCCAUCCAGCUUAGUGCAAGACUUUGACACUACACGCUUCACAGGGACAUGGUACAUCACCAGUGGUUUGAACAAAACUUUUGACACUUUCGACUGUCAAAAGCAUGAGUUCACAGCAGAGCCCGCAAAAUUAUCAGGAAAUCUGAGCUGGCGAAUUGCUACUCCAGAUGGAGGCUUCUUCACUCGUUCUACUGUGCAGAACUUCGUACAAGACGAAAAGCAACCAGGAAUCUUAUUAAACCACGGAAACGAGUUCCUCCACUAUCAGGAUGAUUGGUACAUUCUCGCAUCAAGGAUAGAGAACAAGCCGGAUGACUAUGUGUUUAUCUAUUACCGAGGCAAGAAUGACGCCUGGGAUGGAUAUGGAGGAGCAGUCGUUUACACCAAGAGCUCAACACUGCCAACCAGUAUCAUCCCCGAGCUGGGGGCAGCAGCGAAGAAAGUAAAUCUGGAUUUCAAGAAGUUCACCACAACUGACAACACAUGUGGACCGGAACCGCCAUUGCUUGCCAGACUGGAAAAGAAGGCGGAGGAAGGAGAGAAAUUCCUGGAGAAGGAGGUGGUGGAAGGGGAGAAGUUUGUGGAGAAAGAAGUGGAGGAAGGAGAGAGCUUCUUUGUAAAGGAGGCACAAGAGGUGGAGCAAGGUGGCGAGAAGAUUAUCCAGAAGCUGGGACGACUGUGGGCUCAGCUGACCAAAGGCGCUGAAGAGGUGCGGCGUGACGAGGAGCAGCUCCUCAAGGAGCUUGGAGAGUUCGGAAAGAGUGCUCAAAUGAACGAGGAGGAGUUCAUGCAAUCUUUGGGAGAUGAAGAGAAGAAAUUGCUUGAAGACUUGGGGAUGCAACCAUCUGACGUUGGAAAGCUAUUUGGAAACUCCGUUCCACUACGCAAGCUUCGGUAGAAAUCCCUCAGUAUGUGGUCCAGGAAUUGUGUGUUUCUUCCCAUUUGAGAACUUAUGUACUUGACUACCAUCAAGCACAUCAGAUUUUGGCUCGUCAGAAAAAGCCCAGCAGCUUGUGAAUUCACGUUAAAAAGAGAGGUUUUCUUCAAACCUGUUGUCUGUUGUUGGCUCUAGAGACGAGAUAAUUGUACUGAACAUGGAUGAGUUCCGAACGAAGCUCUGGAAAUCACUGCAAUUUGCUAGUUCUGCUUACUUUGCACGAA